AUGCUGCUGCGCCGCUGCCUCAAAGGCUCGCGCAGAGCGACCGCGGCGUCCUUUUCCACAAAGUCCAUUCGGGUGCGGCAACACGUGAAUCCGCUCUCUCAACGCUACCAGGAACCCAUCGCUUUGCCGGAGUGGACGACCGUCUUUCCACCCCCUCCUGCACAGCUUCACUUGGACAUUGGAUGUGCUCGGGCACAAUACCUCAUGAAGUUGUCGACAAUGCGCCCUGAUACGUGCUUCCUCGGCGUUGAGAUCCGCCAGCCCCUUGUGGUCGAAGCAAUGGAGCGCAUUGGAACCCUUGGUCUGUCCAAUAUUCAUAUUUUGCACGGAAACAUGAACGUGCACUUGGAUGCAAUCGUGUCGUCCCUCGUGCCACAUUACACAAUCGGAAGCGUAUCCAUCUUUCACCCCGACCCAUGGAUGAAAAAGCGGCACGUGAAACGUCGGGUCGUCAAUCAUGCCUUCGUUGCCGACCUCGCGCGUCUCCUUCCGACCGACACGCCCGUCUUCCUUCAAACCGACGUCUUGGAUCUCUUCGAGUACAUGGUCCAGGUGUUUCAAGACCAGCCCGACUUGUAUACCCAAGACGACACAGCAUCCGGCGCGAACGCGAUGGGACUCCCCACCGAUCGGGAGUCUGCUGUCUUGGGCGAUGGCGGCGACAUCUACCGCACAACGUUCUACACGACAGGUCGAACGGUGUAA